AUGUCGGACAUCAAAGCUACAACCGAGGCGCCAUCGGCCGCUGCCCCAACAGUCGAGCCAACCGUAGAAGCAACCCCUGAAAUUAAGCAAGAAACUGCCGAACCAACACCUGUUGAUAAAACUGAGGACCCCGCUCAGACAGAGGCCACAGAACCUGCUGCUGAGAAUGCUGAGACACCAGCCGAGGCUCCAAAGGAGAUCGAGCCGAUCUCAGAGGGUGUUUUGGAAACAAAAUUCCUCUCUGUUAUCCCAAUCUUCUUGAAGAAACACACAUUUUACUUUUCUGAAGAAGCUAUCCCCGAGGAGAAUCUUGGCGAAUACCUAAAGAAGGAAAAGACCAAGGCUGGUCAUGCCACAUACGCGCAUGCCACACAGACUGGAAAGGGUCUCCUAUUCUACACCAAGGCCGACAAGACCAAGCCAAGUGGAAUUGUCAGAUUGGAUGGCGCGGAUAUCACCACCCAAGGUGACAAGAAGUUCACAAUUAAGAGCGCAGGACACGAACUUCAAUUGGAGGCAAAUACCGCUGCUCUCCGUGAAAGAUGGGUCCACACCCUAAAGAUCAAGGUCGCUGAAUCCGAAGGCAUUCAUGCUACCACAUCCGAGACCGAUGGAUUCAAAGCUGCCCUCGAGAAGCUCACUAAGCCAGCCCCUGUCGUCGCAGCCAAGAAGGAGGAGCCAGUCGAUGCUAAGAAGGAAGGCGAAGAGGCUGAGGAGACCCCUGCUGAGGUUACUGCCCCAGUUGUCGAGGAAGAAGCUGCUGAAUCUUCUGCUCUUAAGCCGGAAGAAGAAAAGAAGGAUGAGAAGAAGAGAUCGUCCUCGAGAAAUCGCUUGAACAGAUUCUCCUUCUUCGGCAAGAAGGAAGAAAAGAAGGACGAAGUCAAGGAGGAACAACCACCAGUCGCCGAGGUAAAAGAAGAAACCGCUCCAGCAACAGCUGAGGCGCCUGUGGUUCCACUCCAAGAAACCGCUCCAGUGAUCGAAGAGCCAGCACCAGUUGCCCCUCAAGCCGAAGCCACUCCUACCGAGGAGCCAAAGGCUGAAACAUCCCCUGUCACUUCGCCGAAGGCCUCCAAUCGCAAGUCCUUCUUGGGAGGUCUCUUUGCGAAGAAAAAGGAAGAAAAGAAAGAUUCUCCAGCUGUCGAAGAAGAGGGCGAGGCCAAAUCGCCAGAGGCUGUCCCUGAAACCGAAGCUCAAAUUGCCCCUGCUACCCAUGAGCCCCUCCCGGAUGCCGGUGAACAGCCAGUUGCUGUCGAGACCCAGGAGCCCGUCAAGAGCGACACCGAGGCCGAAUCCCCGCGUGAGCGCAAGCCUAGCGGUAUCUUUGGGAGCUUAAGGCGGGACAAGUCUACCGACGGAGAAGAUAAACCACGCCGAAGUCUCAGCUUCUGGAAGAAGGAUAAGGAGAAGAAGGGUAAGGAGGAAGCCCAGCCCACCGCCAUCACCGAGUCCGAACCUCAGGCAGAGGCUACAACCGAAGAGCCGGUAAAGACAGAGCCGCUAAGCAUCGCACCCGUUCUUCCCGACGUUCCUGCCACCGAGAGUGAGAAGAAGAUUACCGAUCUUCCUACUGCACCUGCUGUCACCGUUGGAGACGGAUCUAAGGCUUAG